AUGUCAGCUGAGAAGCGCCCGGCGGACGAUGAUCCCGGAUUGUCAAAAGUCCUUGUCAAGAGGCAGAAUGUCAACACUUCUGAAGGAGCCCUCGCGCGGCUCAAUGCCUCCAGCAGCGCUUUGGUUCAAACGGCUCCUCGGACGAGCGGGCUUCAAGCUCCUGUGAUGGAGCUGACGGGACACUCUGGGGAGAUUUUCUCAGCCAAAUUUGACCCUACGGGCAAUUUGAUUGCCUCUGGAUCAAUGGACAGAAGUAUAAUGCUGUGGAGGACCUAUGGCGACUGCGAAAAUUACGGCGUGCUCAAUGGUCACAAGGGAGCCAUUCUUGACUUGCAGUGGGCACGAGACUCGGAGAUCCUGUACUCUGCUUCAGCCGAUAUGCACCUUGCGAGCUGGGACCUUACCUCGGGAACGCGGAUACGGCGAUAUGUCGGACACGAAGAGAUUAUCAAUACUUUGGACAUCAGCAAGCGAGGCGAGGAGAUGCUGAUAAGCGGAAGUGACGACUCGACAAUUGGAAUCUGGGAUCCACGGACGAAGAACGCAGUCGACUACAUCGAGACCGAAUUUCCCAUCACAGCCGUGGCCAUCUCUCAAGCCGGCAACGAGAUAUACUCGGGAGGCAUAGAUAAUGACAUUCGAGUCUGGGAUCUAAGAAAGAAGGCUGUGGUGUACUCUCUGUUGGGCCAUGCGGAUACCGUUACGUCUUUACGAGUUUCUCCCGAUUCACAAUCUCUGCUGUCACACUCAAUGGAUACGACGGUGAGAACAUGGGACAUUCGCCCAUUUGCGCCUACCGAACGACAUAUUCGAACAUUCGACGGCACUACGGCUGGCGUGGAGCCAAAUCUGCUGCGCGCCAGUUGGGAUUCAGAGGGCAAGAAGAUUGCUGCUGCUUCUGGAGAUGGCACUGUGGUUAUUUGGUCCAACGAGACGGGAAAGCUGAUGUAUAAGCUUCCGGGGCAUAGAGCAGUCGUGAACUGUGCGGAAUUUGCACCUGGCAAAGAUCCUAUUUUACUAUCAGCCUCAUCGGAUCGCACUAUGCUUCUUGGUGAGUUGAAGUGA